AAAGUAUGAUUUCCGACAAUAUUACGCAAGCCAUAUCGCGAGCAUGGGAUAUUGGUAAUAUCAACAGUCGGCUUCAUACCAUAAGCCGCAAACAUCUAAAUCAUGCCCGGGAUAGAAAUAAAGAUAAAUCUAACUUUAUGUUAUCUUAUCGUAAACCCGAUGGGCGUGCUGUGUUCAUUUUGGAAUCUAGUCUCCAACGUUCUUUUAUCCGAUCCCCAAACGCCGAAAAGUUACAAAAUAACCGUUGACACACAAUUCCAGCUCAGUGUAGUAUAGUCGGCAAACGAAUGCGUGCGUUACUCCCUGGAUAAUGGAUACGGUUUUCAGAACUCGUGAUUUAAUUGGGUCACUGGUGGAGAAAAAGUGGAACUCACUUUUAGACGUAAUAGGUGACGAUCCCGACUUUCUCUAUACAUGGGGGCUAACCAUAUACGUACAUUCCUUUUUCUGGAUCGUUGGUGGAAUGUUUGUGCUAAUGGAUAUCUACAACAGACCAGUGUUUUUGCGUAGAUAUAAAACACAACCGGGAAAGAACGAACCCAUACCCUGGAAUGAUUUGCUGCGGGUCAUCAAGACAAUAAUUUUCAAUCAAACUAUCAUCGGUAUCCCGCUAACGUUUGCUGGAUAUCAUGCAACAGUCAAAGGAUCCGUUCCGAACGUACGUACACUGCCCAGCAUCGCUGAGAUCCUGCGCGAUCUACUAGUGUGUGUUAUCUUUGCCGAAAUUGGGUUUUACUACGUUCACCGGUUUCUGCACAUCAAGCCACUCUACAAACUGAUCCACAAAAAGCACCACGAGUGGACGGCUCCGUUCGCUUGGACUGCGAUGUACUGCCAUCCGAUCGAGCACAUCAUCAGCAAUAUGAUCCCACCGAUGAUCGGCAUUCAACUGAUGAAGGCGCAUAUCUUCACCACGGCCAUAUGGUUUCCGCUGGUAAUCUUCAACACGAUCCGAGAUCAUUGUGGUUACCAUUUGCCAUUCUUUCCCAGUUCCGAAUACCAUGACUAUCAUCACGCCAAGUUCACCGAGUGCUUCGGAACUUUUGGCUACCUUGAUUGGCUGCACGGCACGGACACGAAAUUUCGCAAGUCCAAGCAAUACCAGCGUCAUCGCACACUAUGGGGCAUCAAAUCGGCAAGAGAACUGUAUCCGGACAGUUGAGUCACA